AUGUCUUCCGGAGAGUACGUUUCUGACUCUGCCGGCAGCAGCCACCACAGCGGGGCCUCCGACAGGCUCGAGGCCGAGAUUGACCGGAUGAACACAUCUUCUUCUGCUCCCGAGGCCGGAACCGGAAGGGGCCAGGAAGCCAGCAGCUCCAGCCAAGCUUCCGGUGCGAACCUGGCGGCAAUCACCCGCGGAGCCUGGAAAGGUUCCGACGUGAAGCAGCCAGAGAUCGACUGGUUGUACCGCUCCCGAAGGAUACCGGCAGAAGCCUGCGAGCGCUUUCCUCGCAUUGCUGCGGAGGCAUUACAAGGCCCCAUCCGCAAGCGUGCCUUGGACAAGGAGGAUCCGGAUCCUCACGCAGUUGGGCAUAAGCACAAGAUGGGCAGGACCCACACUUCAUGCCCCGAUCUCCCCUCAGCCAGCGCCAACCCACCGAUUGUGGAGCAUGUCUCCCCGCUGGAGGCAGAGGUUGGCCCGGAGUUCCUGGAGAAACUUGCCUCCCGGGGCCAGAAGAAGAAAGCGCCGGCAUCCGAAGCCGGUACGAGCGAUGCUCCUCCCGCCAAGCGCUCCCGGAAGGAAAUCGUUGGCGGGAAAGAGGUCACGGCCAAGCGUUACCGGAAGCGGGAAAUGCCGGUUACUUCCGGCCCUGCGCUCAAGAUUACCAAGAGUGCCACCGGCAUGAGGCCGGAAGGCUCUGAGGGCGCCGCCAGAGCCUCACCUCCUCCUCAACCAAGUCCGGUACCACCUGGUGCCGGCAAACCUCCAGCCUCCCCCCGGGGAGGCAAUACAACGACGCUUGGCCUGGGGAAGGACAAGCUGCCGGUGGUUGAUCCUGCCGGCCCCCGGAGCACUGGGCAGCACUUUGGCCGGCUGCGGCGCGCGGUCAAAGAAUUUGACACCGCGUGGCACGACGCCAACAACAAUGUGGCGGGCACCUUGGACACCCGGAAGCAACUCUUUGAGGAGCUUCUGUGGGAGCACCGGUACCUUUCCGAGGCACACAGCAAAUGCCAAGCUGUGCCGGAAGCCACCGUCAAGGACCUCACCGACCAGCUCGCCACGCUCAAAGCUGAAAAGGAGCAGCUUGCCAAGGAGCACCAACAAGCUCUGGAUGCUCAGAGGACUCGCUUCUCCGAGCUGAAGGAUAAGCUUAUGGAGGCUGAAGUCCGCCACUCGCAGGAGCUCAAGGAUGCCAAGGCUGCUGCUGAAACUAAAUUGGAUGACACCUUGAAGGAGUACGCCCACAACAGCGAGGUGCUGCGGUUAGAGCUGGAGGAGCAGAGCAAGGCACGGAAGGCGGCAGAAGACCGGAUCGGCAUCCUCACCACAGAUCAGGCCGAAUAUGACCGGUUGGUCAUGCAGGCCGAUGCCCUGGCCUUCAAACUCUUCCCAGAUUCACAGGUGCACGCUAUCAAGAAGGUGGCGGAACGCAGGGCUGAGCAAUCCAUGACCAAUCCGGAUGCGCCCUGGGACCCCUAUGACCAUCUUGUGGCGUUGGCCGCCCGGAUCUGCCACAUGAGAGCUGUGGACCGGCACCUGGUCGAGCUGCCUGAGAGGGCCAUAGAAAUUUUCAAGGUCCUGUGGCCUGGGGAAGCUGUUCCGGUGAAUCUGACGCUUAUCUCGGACCGGCUGAAGGACGCUUGCCGGAGGAUCCGGGAAUGGAAGUGGUCAGCGGCCCGUGCCGGAGCGGAUGCGGCACUACGCAUCGCCUGCUCCUGGUACGAAGAAUUGGAUCUGGACGCUUUCCACAGCCUUCUCGGCGAUGCGCCCACAGAUACAGAUCCAGUCUUAUCCGCCAAGCGCCAGGACCGCGCCUACCGGAUUGCGGAGUUUGCCCAUACGCGCACCUUCAUCCCUCCUCCUCCCGGCGUCAGAGACGAAAUCUCCGACGACGAAGAAGACGCUGAGGACGAGCAGGAUGAGGAAGCCGCAGGAGGCAACGCCCCUCCGGAACAAGGCGAUGCUCCUCCGGAAGCCCCUGAAGCCGGCGCACAGCCUCCGCUUGCUUGA